AUGGCUGCCAGUGCUGCUACAGCUGCAUCUCAGCUAACUGUCUUCACUUACAGCAAUGAAAGCAGCUGCGACGUGUAUAACCACCAUUUUGCAUCAAAAGUAAUUUUUUCAUUCUUUUACACUGUUCUGCUGGUCUUUGGCUCUUGUGGAAACGUCCUUGCCCUUUAUGUCACCUUCCACCGAGGGAAGAAAAUCAACUCAACUGAUCUCUACUUAAUCAACCUUGCUGUGUCAGAUGCCCUUUUCACACUUGCUCUGCCUGGAAGAAUUACUUAUUACAUCUUAGAAUUCAACUGGCCUUUUGGAGACUGGUUCUGCAGGGUGACGGCAUUCAUCUUUUACAUGAACACCUAUGUGGGCAUCUACUUUAUGACAUGUGUGAGUGUCGACCGCUACAUCGCCGUGGUCCACACUCGACGGCUUGGCAGAUUCAGAAAAGUGAGCCGAGUGAAGUAUAUCUGCAUGCUGAUAUGGUUCAUUGUGUUCCUGCAGACAAUAUCAUUGCUCUUCAGGCCCAUGACCAAGAAGAUAGGAGAUAAGCUGACCUGCAUGGAAUAUUUCAACUUUGAAGAAAUUCCUAAGCUGCCAUUUAUCCUUCUGGGCGCUUGCAUGAUUGGAUUCUGCCUACCAGUGGGGAUUAUAUUAGUUUGUUAUGUGCAGAUCAACCUAAAACUAUGCAGAGCAGCCAAAGAAAACCCUCUGACGGAUAAGAAUGGGCACCACAGAAAGGCUUUCACAAUCAUACUGGUUGUGCUCCUUGCAGUUUUGAUCUGCUUUAGUCCUUACCAUUUAAAUAUCAUUCAGUUCAUGAUCAGAAAGAUACUGUACCAGCCAUCUUGCUCAGCACAGAAAGCCUUCAAGAUGUCGCUUCAAAUCACAGUGGCUUUUAUGAACAUGAACUGUUGCAUUGAUCCAAUAAUUUACUUCUUUGCAUUUAGAGGGUAUAAGAGAAGACUCCUAAGACUAUUUAAAACCAGUGGCUCAGCUCCAUCCUCCUCCACUGGAAAGUCAUAUUCAGAAAGCAAUAGCAACAGCCACAACCAAGGAGUUUGCUCAUCCUCAGCUUAG